CUCUCUCUCUCUCACACACACACACACACUGCUAAUACACAGAGCUUUACUACUGGCUAAGCUAGACCACACGGCGACGUGUAGCCCCCUGUCUCUGCUCUCCACAUAAACACUAACAGAGACUGGGCAAGCUACUUUCACAAACUUCAGUACAUCUUAACAAGCACUUAAACCUUCUAUAUUUCUCCCUCCUGAUAUGUAUGCCGGGUAUUAUUCCCGGGAGAAUACUGAAACAACAGCACCGGAGGAUUGGUAAUGGAGGAAUUCGCCAUGCUCUCUCCCUGCUCUGUGUGGAAAUGAUUUUAACAGACACCGACUAACAGAGAAUUGUUGACAUACAUUUGGACUAGUUAAAAAACCUUUCAGAAAUCUAACCCUGACUCUGAGAACUUACAGAAGAGAAGAAACUUUGUUUUUUUUUUUUUUUUAUUUAAUCCUCAGAAUAAAAGGUUUUUUUCAGACCAAAUAACAAGGAUAUUAUCACGUAAAAGCACACAAUGCCGAGCUCAACCAUCCGGAGGCAGAUGAAAAAUGUGGUCAAUAACUAUUCAGACGCAGAGAAAAAGGUCAGAGAGGCGACCUCCAACGACCCGUGGGGGCCCUCUAGCUCGCUCAUGUCUGAGAUCUCUGACCUCACAUACAACGUGGUGGCCUUUUCCGAGAUUAUGAGCAUGAUCUGGAAGAGGCUGAACGAUCACGGCAAGAACUGGCGGCAUGUGUACAAAGCACUGACGCUGCUGGACUACCUGAUCAAAACCGGCUCGGAGCGUGUGGCCCUGCAGUGCAAAGAGAACAUCUUCGCCAUCCAGACCCUCAAAGACUUCCAGUAUGUUGACCGUGACGGUAAAGACCAGGGCAUCAACGUGAGGGAGAAGUCCAAGCAGCUGGUGGUUCUCCUGAAGGAUGACGAUCGGCUGAAGGGCGAGCGCUCGCAGGCUCUGAAGACCAAAGAGCGCAUGGCCCAGGUAGCCACCAGCGUCGGCAGCAGCCACCAGAUCGGCUUCGGUCGUGGCUCCAGCCAGCCGAACCUCUCCACCAGCUACUCGGAGGAGUACGGCAGAUCUGAGGGCUCACCGGCGUCAUAUCAUGGAUCCACAUCCCCUAAUGCGUCAUCGGAGCUAGAGCAGGCCCGACCGCAGACCAGCGGGGAGGAGGAGUUACAGCUGCAGCUCGCACUGGCCAUGAGCAGAGAGGCAGCAGAACAGGAGGAGAGGAUGCGCCGCGGGGACGACUUGCGGCUCCAGAUGGCUCUGGAGGAGAGCCGUAAAGACUCGGUGAAAAUGCCCAAAAAGAAGAAAGAGCCUCAGUCGUCCUUGAUGGAUCUGAUGGAUGCGGUCCCUGGAGGUCCUGCUGACCCUUGGGGGACAGGAGGUGCAGCAGCAGCAGCAGCAGCAGCAGCAUCAGCCCCCGCCUCAGACCCCUGGCAAAGCUAUGGUAAACCUGGUAGUGCCACUAAGCCAGCAGCUCCUGUGGAUCCCUGGGGUCUGCCAGCCUCUGCAGCAUCAGUCUCUCCCGUGAAGAACAGUGACCCCUGGGGGUCAAGCCCUGCUCCUGCAGUGGCUGAUCCAUGGGGCUCGGGGCCUGCCACUCGUCCCAAAGCCCCUGGACCAGGCUCUUUUGAUCUCUUCUCCACAUCAAAUGGUACCUCUAAGGAUGACCUAGAGGAUUUUGACAGUCUUCGUUCUUCAGUGAUGUCAGGUGGUGGUAAAGGAAGCUCAUCAUUACCUAUGUCUGCCAGCCCUGACCUGUUUGACCUGCAGGCAAGUGCGACAACCAGAAAAACUCCUGAGUCGUUCCUGGGUCCUAACGCAGCCCUGGUAAACCUGGACUCUCUGGUCACCAAGCCUGCUCAACCAGCUCCUGUUUCUAAUCCUUUUCUCGCUGGAGGAGCCACCCCUGCCCCUCCAGCUCAGGUCAACCCGUUCCAGGUGAACCAACCACAGCCACCCACUCUCAACCAAAUGAGAGUAAGCCCCAUGAUGGGCCUCUCAGGCCAGGGCUUUGGCAGCCUGGCACAGAGAAGCAACGAACCCAUGCCCUUAUCCUCUCUGGCCCCUGCUGGUGCUGUGGGCAUGGGUCCUGUGGGUGGCAUGACCCCUGUCGCUCCCAUGGGCCAAAUGAUGCCAAGCAUGGGCAUGCCAGCCUCCAUGUCUAUGCCACAGCCGCUCAUGAGCGGUGUGCUGCCGCCUACAGGCACCGCAACCCAGGCUACUGGCCCCACUAAUCCCUUCCUGUUGUGAGGAACAAUAUAGGCUCUCAUUGCCUGUCUCCGUCUCCCGGCUCCUUUCCUAUAGUAUGGACAGCAUACUGUUGUGUUCCCUAAACCAAUGUGCUAUUUUGAGACUUUCUGGAGUAGCAGUGGUGUUUACAGUUUUUACAUUGGCAGGAGAUGCCGUCUUUGGCGGUAGGUACCAUAGAGUGAUUGGUAUUUUAUUUUUCUAAAUUUACUCGAAUGGACUGCCAGCGAUUGAUUACUGUGUCUCUAGGUGUGACUUUCUCACCACUCUUAGUCUACGGUCGCUUUCCGAAAGACAGCCUCGUGUCCGAAGGCGCUCUGAUUUUUAAAAUUUCCUUUGAUUGCUCAUUUUCUUAAACAGAGGCUAAAAACUCUGCUUUCUCUUGUUUAAUUUUCUAAUUUUUAGUAUUUUGAAGCUGUAUAAUUGCAAAAAAAGCUAACCCCUUUUUAAUCAAAACAGCCACAAAUGUUCUACCUGGUGCAUAUACACUAUGUGUAUUUUACAGUACGUUAUGAGUAGACACAUUUUAGAGGACACUAUCAGUUUACAUGCUAAUAAUUUUGAUGUUCUGAGCAGGGAUUUUGCACACACUCUUUGUUUUUGUUCUUGUUUUGACUGUUGGCUCACCGUUAGUCCUUAGCGCGACUCUGAUCAACCUGUUUUGUUUUUCUUUUUUUUUUUUUUGUUUCGGGGGAAAUGCUUAGGACGUGCAGAAUUUUAUCCGCAAAGAUCGACCUGUUUCAGUGGUUUUAAACCUGAAGACGCAAUGGAGGGGAUUUUUAACAACGUGGAUUCGACUCCGAAAUCGUACCAUAACUCCACUUUUAUGAACAUAUCCACACCUCUCUUAAUGACACCUUAAAGUUUCCAGAGCUUGUGGACUGCUUUCAGUUCAUUCACGGUUCAUUACUCACACAGCGCCUCGCCCCCGUCUUCGUGGCGUCUGCUUGACAGAGCUAAUUAACGAGUAAAUCGAUACUAACGAUUAGUAUUCCGUCAGCUAGCUUUUCAACGACGUCUAAACUAGCUCCAGUGAUCUUGUUGCUUGGUGUGUAAAGGUAGUAAUGUUUUAGUUAAUGAUCGGCAGAACAAAGGGAAAUGGGAAGUUUCAUUUAGUUUUAUGUUUUCGUCAGGUCCAACUACAUCUACUGUUCCCAGUGUAACUAAUCGCUUUUACCAAGUGCAGAGUUUUUAUAUAGCGUAUGUUUAAAUAGUAAAAUAUUUAUCAGCGCUUUCCAUUACAGCAAGUCCACGGUGUGUAUGGAAAACCGACGUAAACACAUUUCUUUGGUUGGUGGGGGAUUUCUUGAGUAGGCCAGGGUGUGUGUGUGUGUGUGUGUGUGUGUGUGUGUGUGUGUGUAUGUGUACGUGUACCACACGUAUGGUUUUUUUUCCCCUUUAUCUGUUUGUGCUUUUUUUUUGAGCUAUGGUGUUAAAAUGCAUCAGUUGUUGAUUACCAUUAAAGCAUUAUUAUGUAGCAAUGGGACAUUGUUUAAAAAGAUGAGAACUUCAGCUCUCUAAUCCCUUUGUUGAUAUCAGAUUUUUAUUUUAGAAAACCUUUAAUCAUGACUGGGUUCUUUAUCAAUGCAAGUUAGAUUCCUGCUUUUAUGUGGAUUUUAUUUCUCCCAAGAAGGUCAAAGAUCCACUACAUGUUCCUGCAUGCUUCAAUUCAACUUGCUAAUGAAUUGAUAAGUCUAAAGGAUUUACAGACCGUUAAUGUAUGUAUAUAUAUAUAUAUAUAUAUAUAUAUAUAUAUAUAUAUAUAUAUAUAUAUAUAUAUAUAUAUAUAUACAGUACAAUAAAAAUUUUUAUGCUUGUAAAAGCGUAACAUUUUUUAUUCUACCCAAACGUAGUUACCAAAGUUAUAGAGCUUUUGCUGUUUUACAGAGUGGACAGUGUAGUUUUAUAACACAUACCUUUUUUUUUAUUUUAAUUUUAACUAUUUUUGGCCCGAGUAUCAGUGUUCUGGAAUCGAGUCGUCUCUCCGAUAUAGAAAUGUGCCGUCUUGAACCGUCCUCUUCAUUUGUGACCUCUUCCGGGAGAUUCUGUGGUAGUACUGCCCCGAGCGCAGCCGUGUAUUACAUCCUUGGGUGUGUUCAUUCUCAUAAAAUCCACAUCCAUCCUCAGGCAAUCAAGGGGAAGACAGCUUUAAAACCUACGCAUUGUUUCCCGCAUUGGACGCAACAGUCGGUGCAGGUGCUUGGUCCUGUGAUAUCAGACUUCUUGCUGAUGAACAUCAGAUUAAAUUACACGAUUGGUUGUGGAAAAUAAAAUCAAUUCUGUUUAGUUAUGCAAACUAUCAUUGCCAGUUAUUGCUUUCACUGAUACAAUAUCUAGCUCAGUUUGUCCUGUCUCAUUUUGCUGUUACUGACUGUGUAUCACUCAUGUUUUCCUGUUCCUUUGUACAUUAUUAUGCAUUUAUUGUGGCGGACUAACCUCAUGAACAUGCAUAAACACCUUUUACUUUCUCAUGUUACGUCUGUGUAUUUACCAAACUGUCUCAUGUUACUGGGAGCAGGCUGCUUUUUUAUGAAUGUGCUCAACCUGUUGGCAUUAUAACUGUAUAAUAUAAUUUAUCAUUUGUUCUAUUGUAACAUAUUGUUCUGUAUCUUAUUUCUGUGUAAUGCUUUUGUAGGAAAGUCACAUGAAAUUUUAAAUGCCAUCUAAAUCGCAGCAAGUGAUAAAGGACCUGUAGCUGCAAUGAUAAAAAAAAUAAACUGUAUCACUGACA